GUACGGCGAUUUCAACAUAUUAGAAGAGGCCGGCAUGAUCGCACUCAGGCUUCUCAUUGAUGUUGCCGACUAUGGAUUUGUAGUAGAAUUCGAAAAUGGCAAAUCGUACGGUAAAGGAUGCCAAAUCUAUCCGCGGAACAAAUCCGCAGUAUUUGGUCGAGAAGAUUAUCAGAUCUCGGAUAUACGAUUCUAAAUACUGGAAAGAGGAAUGUUUUGCCUUGACGGCCGAGCUGUUGGUUGACAAGGCAAUGGAAUUGAGAUUUAUCGGAGGAGUGUAUGGUGGCAAUGUGAAACCUACACCAUUCCUCUGUCUCAUAUUAAAAAUGCUUCAAAUACAGCCUGAGAAAGACAUUAUAGUCGAAUUUAUAAAAAAUGAAGAGUUCAAAUAUGUUCGAGCCUUGGGUGCAUUGUACAUGAGACUGACUGGUUCUUCUUUGGACUGUUACAAAUAUCUUGAACCAUUAUUUAACGAUAACAGAAAACUCAGAAUGCAAAACAAACAGGGCGUAUUCGAGCUCAUACAUAUGGACGAAUUCAUCGAUAAUCUUCUGAGAGAUGAAAGAUGUUGUGAUGUUAUUUUACCAAGGAUUCAAAAGAGACAUGUUUUAGAAGAAAAUAACGAGCUAGAAGCGAAGAUAUCAGCAUUAGAAGACGACAUGGACGAUGGUAUUGAAUCAUCAGAGGAAGAAGAGAUACUUCCAGUUAAGGAAGUGCCACGCAAGAGGCCAGAUGACCAUGAACGGGACAGAGAUCGUCAUAGAGAUAGGGAUAAGAGGCAUUCCCGAUCUGAGAAGAAAUCCGAGAAGGAAAAGCAGAGAUCGAGAAGCAGAGAGAGAGACAGAGAUAGAGACAGAAGAGAACGCAAACGCAGUAAAUCGCCAAAAUCUCACUCAUCAUCGCACAAAGAUAAGGACAGAGAUAGGGAUCGUCAUAGAAGAGAAGACAGGGAAAGAGAAAGAGAACGAGAGAGAGAUAGAGAGCGAGAUCGAAGAAGAGAACGCGAGAGAAAUAGGCAUUAAAGUAUGGUAAAUAUGGACAAAAUUGUUUGGAUAAAUUUAUAUAAACUCAGAAAUUAACUAAUAAUCUUUCUUUAAUUUUUCUUGUAACAAUGUUUGUAUGUUCUUAGCGCCGGUAUGUGACAUUUACAAGAAAUCGGUAUUAAAAUUACAACAUACAUUCAUUGUAACUUAUUCAAAUAUAUGUACAUUUUCACAUUAUUUGUAUUAUAUUACAAUUGCUUUAUUAAAUAAAAAAAUAGCGAUAUCAUUACUGAUGCAUAA